GUCGCCUUCCGCCCGUGGAGUCGCGUGAGUGACCUUCUCGCGUCCACCGCAAUGCUGGCUGCGGCUGCUCGCCCCCUGCGGGGGCCCUGUUUGAGGUUCCGGGCCGCGGCCCUGCUCCAGACCAGGCUACCAUUAUUGGGUGUUUGUGCCCUGAGGCUAAUGAGAAGCAGCUGUCAUCAAAGAAGAAGUGAAACUCUGGCUGAAGCCACUCUGGACAAUGCCCCCAAGCAAUACCCUCCUAAGAUUCAGCAGUUAGUACAGGACAUCGCUGGCCUCACUCUACUGGAAAUCUCUGAUCUCAACGAGUUAUUGAAGAAAACACUGAAGAUUCAGGAUGUGGGGCUGGUGCCAAUGGGUGGCAUGGUACCAGGUGCUGCUACCGCAAAGAUAGCCCCUGAGGCAGCAGACGAGGGAGAGGCACCCAAGCAGAAGGAACGAACACAUUUCACUGUUCGGCUGACAGAAGCCAAGCCUGUGGAUAAAGUGAGACUAAUCAAGGAAGUAAAGAGUUACAUCCAAGGCAUAAAUCUUGUCCAGGCAAAGAAGCUGGUAGAGUCCUUACCACAGGAAAUCAAAGCCAAUGUUGCCAAAUCAGAAGCAGAGAAGAUUAAAGCAGCCUUGGAAGCAGCUGGCGGCACUGUGAUUUUGGAGUAGGAGUUUGGGGUUCUGAAGGACUUGUGCAAAGCGGGGUUUACUCCAGUCCAGUCUGACCACUUGGGCGGUAGCCCCAUGUGUAUUACUGCCUGCAGACCUGAACAGAUGCGCUUAACCAGUGUGGGUAGUUUGAGUGAGAACUUUCUCAGCUUUUCUGGGGACUCUGUUCUGGGAGGGAAGGGGAGGCCCAUCUGUCCCAGGCCCUUUUAAAAGGCUACUGUGAAGAAGGACUCUGUGAAACACAAGAGUGGGGAACAAGUUUGUUCGAACAGUAGUCUAUGAGGAAAAUAUAUUAUUACCCAUACUUCCAGUGUGUUUAGAAUUGUGUGCUGAAGACCAGACACAGGCAGCCAAGAAUUGGCACAGCAAUAUCUUAAACUACUGAAGUUGGAUGUUGUGGGGAUAACCUAGGUUUGUGAGGUGGUCUGGGCCCUAAGUCUGCCUGCUUGUCCUCUUUGUUGUGGUGCCAGGUAAAUACUGUAUUUCUCAAGUCCUUAAAGAAAGGUACUUCCUUCCUUGUCAUUUUCACCAUCUCUUUGCAGUGUCUGUGGUAUAGUGACUUUAUGAUGGGUACUAUUGGUUUAAAAAAACAAAAGGCAGACACUAUCCCGUCGGCAAGCUUAUAUUGUAAUUGGAGGGACAGUAUGUAUACAUAGAUAUUUAAUAGUACAAGGUAUCAUAGGAAAAAAGGUGUUACAGGAGUUAUAAGAGCUUGAUCACCCAGAGUAUAGAGAAGGCUAUCUGGGAAAGACAGGGUUCAAGAAAGAUCUUGAAGGGUUGGACUUACAUAAAUAGAGAAAGAAGAUAUUUAAAGCAGGAAGAAUAGUGGGAGUAAAAUAGGGGCAAAAGUGUUCUGGAUGUAUUUACGGGAAAGUAAGUAGAUUAGAUUGGCUGGGCAGUUAUAUAGGGUAAACAGGGAAAGGUUCUGGGAGACCUUGAAUCCCAGGCUAAAGAGUUUAGGCCUUUAAUUUAUCCACAGUUGUCAAUACUUGAGGGAAUGGGAGUAGAUGCAACAUUUACAAGCUAAUGAAGUUGCUCUCACCCUUGAAAACUGAGCCAGUUUUAUAACUAAGUAAGCUGAGCUUAACUCUAGGGAUGAGUCCUUUCUGAAGACUCAAAAGGGAUUAGGACCUGUAUGUGCCAUAGUAAUUUAUCCAGAAUAGGCCACUACUGCCCAGCUUUGAAAGAGGGAACCGUGUCUUAAGAGGCAGCCAGCCUGGGAGGUGAGGUAGACAAAUGCUACAGGAGUUAGGAAGCACUGGAUCAGCUGGAUUGUGGGGAAGUCUUCAGAAGACAGAAAAAGUCAUCUAAAGCUUCCCAAUGUCAGUGCCUUAUAUUUGGGGCCUUGCCUAGACUCCCCCCCUGGUUCCAUCUGUGUAGUUACUGAAGAGUUAAUGAUUUGCCUAACUGGGCUGGGGGCAUCUGAUCCCUCCCCAAGUCUUCCUGUUUGCUCUCCGGGGUGUGACGGUUCCCUUGCAAGGUGAUUGCCCCAGACCUGGGGUGAAGCUAACUGUUUUCUGGCAUCUAUUUCCUGGGCUAUUUAUCCCCAGGAACAGAGAUAGAAGCAUAAAAAUCAAUACUAAAUGGAAGUCUUAGGCCCAAAUCUCAAGUUGCUCUGUAUGCUGAUCCCAACUAGUUACAGGUGGACUUCCUCCUUUCCCAAACUCAGUUCCUGGUAAUGGAGAGAAUGAGACCCUUUUCUUUUGCCAUUUUUACUUUUAGCCCUGGACUUUAGGAGAAUGUAAAAUACUAUCUCAGUUUUAAGGCACUUCUAACCUGAACAAGAAACCCCUCUACCAUGAACCCAAGAAGUGGUCAUUCAGCCCUUGUUUAAAAAUUGGAGAGGAAACAUUUACUUCCCAAAAUAAAUCAUUUUACCUUUGGUUAACUUAAUAGUUAAGAGAUUUUUCCUUAUAUCAAACCUAAAUCUUUCUUUACAACUUUAAAACCUACUAUUUCUGGUUCUCCCCUCAGGCCCAGCAAUUCCUAGUCUAAUUCUUCUUCCAAGUGACAGACCUUCAUAUAUUUGAAUACUAGUUUUCUUAUUGUACCCAUUCACUACCCUCUGAGUCUCCUAUAUCAAUUAUCAAUUUUUUCUAUUCUUUAGGCUAAACGUCCCCAGUUCCUGCAACUGAUCCUCAUAUGCCAGGAUCUUGAAUGGCUUAUUCAUUGUCCUCCAGACUGUCUUCAGCAUGUUAAUGGUCUUCCUAAAAUGUGCCCGUGACUGAACAUAAUACUCCACAACUAGUCUAGGUGGGAGUACGGCAUCCUAUAUCCAAUGACAACAUGGCUGCCUUCAUGUAGUAUAAGAUAACAUUAGCUUUUUUGGGGCUGUCAUAUUAUGUUUAGGGAGCUUGCCCUUUAUUCAUACCCUUAGAUCUUUUCCAUCUACACCUUCCCCAUUUUUUCUUGUGAAGUUUGUCUUUUUUUUAAUCCAAGUGUAAGAAAUUUAUCCCUAUUAAAUUUCAUCUUAUUA